UGGCCACCUAAAGUGCUGGCGGCCGAAAACGGCCGGCUGAAUCAUGGCAACGCUUCCUUCGGUUCCUUCCGUGCCCGCUGCAAGCGCGCAGAAGUUGGCGAGGAUGAGCAGAGUGGCCCCAAGAAGCAGUAACGAUGGGGAACCCGGUGGCUCAGCAUGAGGCAUGGCCAUCUACACCGGAGCCGGCAGGAGCUCGGACAGAGUGCGAGCGCGGAAGAGUGGCUGACGCGGCGCGGUCAUGCACUGGAAGGGCUCCAUCUAAAGGUCGGGUGUGUCCCGCCAUGCCGGAAGAUGGAGACACGAAGAAGGCCAGAACGGAGCAAACGGAGGCAUUGCUGGGCCUCUCCGUGGUGAAGGCCAGUGGUGAUUUGGUGGGUAAGUUCCGAAUUUCAAGAGAUGCACUGGUGGAUGAGCUUCGCGUAGAAAUUCACAAAGCAGGGGGCCCACCUGCGCUCUUUCAACAACUGCUGUGUGGCCAUGAAGAGCUCAAGGAUGGCGAACCGCUGGGCGCCCACUGUCACGAGGGCGACACCUUGCAGCUGCUGCUGUGUCUGCCGCGGAACUCCGCAGCCGAAGACAUCGCGGUUGAUUGGAUGGAGAUCCAGCACACGGACCAACUGUUGGAAGAGCUGACGAUUCGAGACACCCAAGCGAAGUUUGAAACUGUGAUGCCGAAGCAACGUGUGGCCGCUGUGGGGUUGGAAGCUAAUACUGGCUUGGUGGUCUUGCUGGGCACCGGUCUCAAGGAGGUGCCGGAUGACGAGCUGGUGGAAGGCAAGGGCAAGGGCAAAGGCGGCAAAGACGGCAAGGGCAAGGGCGGCAAAGACGGCACGGAGUAUUACAACUUCGUGCCGCCGCAGAUGUUGGUGGUUCCCCCGGCGGCCCCUCCGUUUGACGUGCCGCUGACGCUAGAUCACCCCUUGCGACGCGCCGUGGAGUUUCAGGUGGUGGAGUGUAGACAAGGAUAUCCUUUACCGUCUCUGGGAAUUUGCGUGGCCAUGGUCCGUGAAUAUCCAUGGGACGCAAGCUGUCGCAUGUUCUUGGUUGCCUUCGAGCUGGUUCCCGAGCUCUUGGUCGAUACGGUGGUGCCAAGCUGUGCAGACUGUCAGUCCUUCUGCUUGGAUGGCCAAGAAGUUCUGUGGAUUGAUCGUGAUGAUCGCGAGGUGCUGAGGUGCAAGCGUGCGGACGUUCGGAAGGGCAGUUCUUCGGAGUUGUUUCAGUUGGAAGGCACCACUCGAGUCACCAGCAUUGCCACGGCGAGCGACAAAAUCCUGUUGACCCGCGCCAAGAGUCACAGCGUGGAGGUCUUUGACUCUGGGGGCAACUGGCUGAUGCGAUUGGGAGAUCACACCAGGGGAUGUCAGGAUGGCGAGGCGGCUCAAGUACGGUUCUGGUUCCCAGUGUGGAGCGAACGACUGGUGGAUGGUCCUUAUGGCUUUACCCACAAAGAUUCCUCACCGCUCAUCAUGGGCCCUGCUGGCAGUAUCUUUGUGUACAGUGGAGGAGUUCUGAUGAAGAUCUCUGAUGACCUUUCUUCAGCCAAGAAGGUCAUGUCGGUGCGCGAGGAGUUGUGGUUGACCGAACGUGAUGAAGGAACUCCUCAGUUUCCAGAGGUUUGUAGCGUCAUUGGCGUUCACGACGGCUACCUGUAUCGUGUGCUGAUCCGGACCGACUGGCGGGAGGAGGUCAUCCUGCGACGCCUGAAAUGCGAGGAUUCGCUCCGCCAGCCGCGGAGCGUCUUGCGUGAGCGUGCGCCGAUGAUGUGGCCCGCCAUCACAGAUGGAAGGAUCUUGGUGGACGACACUUUCGGAUACGGCCUCAGCCAUCCGAACGUGAAACCCCACUACUAUGACGAGAAGUCUCGGGACACGUGGGAUGGAAAUUGCAGGUGGCUCGGAGAGCCAUGGCUCUGGGACGAGUGCGGACGACCUCCCAACGCCAAAGAUCUGCACAUGGAUGGAAACGGACGACUCUUCUUUCCUGGCGAAAGAGAAGGCUCCGCCGGCGCGUUGGCGUGGUACAGAGCAAAAGGUUGAUCCAUCCUAUACAAAAUAAAGGAGAAGAUCGACCUCGGUGCAAGGAGUCUAGACGCAUUUUCUCAGAUUGAACGGAUUCAGAUGAGCAGUGUCAACAAAAAAACAGUUGGCUUCAAAAAAAC